AACUCCUGUCCCUGCAGAAGAUCUGGAGGAAAUGUUAUGAAGACGGGUUUUAUGCGAAUAAUCAUACGUAUGCAAGCAAACUAGCAUUUCACAGGCUAAAAUUAGGCGUGGAUUUACAAAUACACAUUAAAGAGCUGUUUAAUCGCCAUCUCUGGAAAAUGGAUCCAGGAUACGUAUUGCAUCUCGCUAUUUGAAAUACGUCUCAAUUCAUCUCACUGGCUUUCUUUCUACCACCAACAACAUACCAGGCCGACGUCGACGACAGCUAGCGAGUAUUGCUAGCCACCUAGCUAACACUGCUUGGUUUCCCCAUUUGCUUUUUCUCAGAUGUCCACAAUGAAAACUAAGGUCCUGCAUGCUCCACCCACACCUAGCCCUUCCUCUUCGUGAUUGAACAGCUGCUGACUGACCAGAGAGGUGCAAAAUGUCUGUGUUGCCAUGACUUAAAGACAUCAAUCAAAGAUGGAGAAAAAGAAAAUGUGCCCCCGUCUACUGGACUACCUGGUGGUGGUGGGAGCCAGGCAGCCCAGCACUGACAGCGGGUCCCAGACCCCCCAGCUCCUCCGCCGUUACCCGCUGGAGGACCACCCAGACUUCCCUCUGUCCCCGGACGUGGUCUUCUUCUGUCAGCCUGAGGGAUGCCAGAGCAUCCGGCAGCGCCGGGUCAGCCUGCGAGACGACGCCUCCUUCGUCUUCGCACUCACUGACAAAGACUCGGGCAUCACGCGCUAUGGUAUCUGCGUCAACUUCUACCGCUCCUUCCAGCGAGGGGGGCACCGCCGCGACAAGGCGGGUAGCAGUGGAACGGCGGCACAGACAGUGGAAGCGACCAGCGAGGGUUCGGAUGGCACCGGUGGCUGCCCCAAUGCCUCCACGUUGCCGACGCCUGCCAGUGCCGACACAACAACCACACCUGUGCCAGGCACGGAGCCGGGACCACCCGGUGGCGAGCCAAAUGCCGGCAGGUCCCCUCGGCACAAACGCAGCACUGCCAAGAUGGUCAGUCGGAACCGCGACAGCACGCUGACCUCGCUGUGCAUGAUCAGCCACUACCCCUUUUUCUCCACCUUUAGGGAGUGCCUGUACAUCCUCAAGAGAAUGGUGGACUGCUGCAGCCACAGGUUGACCCAGCGCGCCGGCCUGCCCCGCGCAACUCAGAGGGACACCAUGUGGCGCGUGUUCACGGGGGCCCUGUUGGUGGAGGAGAAAGGCAGCCAGCUGCUGGCUGACCUGCGGGAGAUCGAGUCCUGGGUCUACCGCCUCCUGCGCUCCCCGGUGCCCGUGGCGGGCCAACGGCGCGUAGAUGUGGAGGUGCUGCCCCACGAGAUGCAGCCGGCACUCACCUUCGCCCUGCCCGACAACUCUCGCUUCUCCAUGGUGGACUUCCCCCUGCACCUGCCCCUGGAGUUGCUGGGUGUGGACGCCUGCCUCAUGGUGCUCAGCUGCAUCCUACUGGAGCACAAGGUGGUCCUCCAGUCGCGGGACUACAAUGCCCUGACCAUGAGUGUCAUGGCGUUUGUAGCCAUGAUCUACCCCCUGGAGUACAUGUUCCCUGUCAUUCCCCUACUGCCCACCUGCAUGGCCUCCGCUGAACAGCUUCUCCUCGCCCCCACCCCUUACAUCAUAGGUGUUCCUGCCAGCUUCUUCCUCUACAAAUCCGAUUUCAAAAUGCCCGAUGAUGUGUGGCUCGUGGACCUGGACUGUAACAAGGUCAAAGCACCCACCAAUGCAGAGCACCUACCCCUUCUUCCCGAGCCGGAAUCCACAGAACUCAAGAAACACCUGAAACAGGCCCUGGCCAGCAUGAGUCUCAACACCCAGCCCAUUCUGAACCUGGAGAAGUUCCAGGAGGGCCAGGAGUUACCCCUGCUCCCCCCCGGCCAGAACAAGGCGUCGCCCUCCUCCACCGAGUUCAACCCCCUCAUCUACGGCAACGACGUGGACUCUGUGGAUGUGGCCACCAGGGUUGCCAUGGUGCGGUUCUUCAACUCCCCCAAUGUGCUCCAGGGUUUCCAGAUGCACACACGUACGCUGCGCCUCUUCCCCCGGCCCGUGGUGGCAUUCCAGGCCACGUCCUUCCUGGCCUCUCGGCCCCGACGCUCCGGUUUCGCUGAGAAGCUGUCGCACACCCAGGCCGUGGAGUACUAUGGCGAGUGGGCCCUCAACCCCACCAACCUGGCCUUUCAGAGGAUCCACAACAACGUGUAUGAUCCAUCUUUAAUCGGAGACAAGGGCAAGUGGUACGCCCACCAGCUGCAGCCAGUGUUCUACCGUGUGUAUGACAGCAGCUCCCGGCUGGCCGAGGCCAUGAGCGGACCCCUAGAAGAUGAGGCCAACGACUCGGACCCCACAGACGACAGUGACAGUGAGGCUGGCUACGAUGACUCCAGUUCUUCCUACUCGUCACUUGGAGACUUGGUGAGCGAAAUGAUCAAAUGUGACAUCCAAGGGGACACGCCAAACCUGGAUCCCCCUACCCACGCUGCACUGGGAGACGCUAGCGAAGUGGAGUUCCAGGACUUCCAGGAGUUCAAGGGAGGAGACGGUCCCCUCCCCCAAGAGAAGGCACUGCCCGAGGGGGGCGACGGAGCUCCUGAACCUCCUGAUGGACAAGCCCUCCGCUCGAGCUCCAGCACAACCGCCAGCUCCAGCCCUAGCACAAUCAUCCAGGGAGUCAACAAUGAGCAGGCAGAACCAGUGGAAAUGGAGGCAUUGGCCAGUGCAGCUCUACAGAACCCUGUCCCGGGAUUGGGCGCUCCGCCCUUCUCCAGACCUCCCCCAGAAGCUGCCCCGGUGGGACCAGCCAAUAAGAAGGGAGAGUACGACAACCCCUACUUUGAGCCUCAGUAUGGCUUCCCCGCUGAGGAGGACCCGGAGGCAGAAGACCAAGAGGAGACGUACACGCCCCGGUUCAACCAGAACCUCAAUGGCAACAAAGCCCAACGCCCCCUGAGGCCCAGCAGCCUAAAGCUGCCCGGAGAGUCGGACGGAGAGGGCGACUCCCGCAACAGUUCUCCAAACUCCACCAUCUCCAACAACAGCAGUGAUGGCUUUGGGGGCCUCAUGUCCUUUGCCAGUAAUCUGUACAAGAACCACGGUUCCAGUUUUAGCCUUUCCAACCUGUCUGUACCCAACAAGGGGGGGCUGAGGGAGAAGGCCGCUGGGGCUGGGCCCUUCCCCAAUCUCAAAGUAUUUGGACUAAAUUCUCUAAUGGAGAUAAUUACAGAGGCCGGUCCGGUGAGUGGAGAAGGAGGCGCCCGCGGUCCCCCCAGGGCGCUUGUUGACCAGAAGUCGUCGGUCAUUAAGCACAGUCCCACGGUCAAGAGAGAGUCCCCUUCGCCCCAGGGUCGUGCCAACAACACCAGUGAGAACCAGCAGUUCCUGAAAGAGGUGGUGCAGAGCGUGCUGGAGGGCCAAGGCGUGGGCUGGCUCAACAUGAAGAAGGUACGCCGCCUGCUGGAGAACGAGCAGCUGCGCGUCUUCGUGCUGAGCAAGCUGAACCGUGCCGUCCAGUCCGAGGAGGAUGUCAGGCAGGAGGUCAUCCGUGAUGUGGAGAUUGGCAGGAAGGUUUACAAGGGUAUGUUAGACAUACUGAAGUGCACCGUUUCUAGUCUGGAACACUCGUACACCAAUGCCGGGCUUGGAGGCAUGGCCAGCGUCUUCGUUCUGCUGGAAAUCGCACGCACCCACUACCAAACCAAAGACCCAGAGAAGCACAAGAGGAGCCCCAGUGACUCUGCAAGCAGCCCGGGCAGCAAGGACAGCCCGUCUGCCCGCAUGGAGGGCACCAGGCCCCCGGUGCUCCUCCUCGUUCCCCGUCUCCAACUGCCGCACCCCACCUCGGGGGGAAAAGACACCCACCACUUUGACACCCGGAGUCUGAACGAGGAGAAUUUUAUUGCCUCCAUUGGAGCGGAGGGGGUUAAGAAACAGCACCCUGAGCUGACUGACACGGAGGAGAAGAAGUCCCAGAUCAGUGCUGACAGUGGCCUCAGUGUCACCUCUGGAUCCCAGAAGAGUGACACAGAGUCUGUGACCGGCACUGAAGCGCCAGUCCUUACCAGAAGCACCAGCCAGGACUCAGAGGCCAGCACAGUGAUAAGUAACAGCUCAGGAGAGACGCUGGGAGCUGACAGUGACUUGAGUAGCACCGCUGGGGAGGGCUUGGGUGGCAGGCAAGCCCCCCAUCUCAACCUCUCCAGGGGAACACUGUCCGACAGCGAGGUUGAGACCAACCCGGCUACCAGCUCAGUUUUUGGUAAGACCCAAAAGAUGAAGCCUGGUGUGAAGGAGGCGAAGGCUAAACUUGUGCCUGUCGUGGCUAAGGGGCCUCCCACCCAGCCCUUGGAAGACAUCAGUAUGAGGAUUUACCUAUGUGAUGGCCUGCUGGGGCGCGACAAGAGCUCCAUGUGGGACCAGCUGGAGGAUGCUGCCAUGGAAACGUUCUCUCUGAGUAAGGAGCGCUCUACACUGUGGGACCAGGUCCAGUUCUGGGAGGAUGCUUACUUGGAUGCUGUCAUGUUGGAGAGGGAGGGGAUGGGUAUGGACCAGGGACCUCAAGAGAUGAUUGACAGAUAUCUGUCACUCGGGGACCACGACCGUAAGCGCCUGGAGGACGAUGAGGACAGGCUGCUAGCUACUCUACUGCACAAUAUGAUCGCCUACAUGCUAAUGGUUAAGGUGAACAAGAAUGACAUCAGGAAGAAGGUGAGGCGUCUGAUGGGGAAGUCCCACAUCGGCCUUAGCCACAGCCAGGAGAUCAAUGAGUGUCUGGACAAACUGGCUAAUUUGAAUGGUCGCGAGCUGUCCAUCAGACCUAGCGGAAGCCGUCACAUCAAGAAGCAGACCUUCGUGGUGCAUGCUGGGACUGAUACCACGGGGGACAUCUUCUUCAUGGAGGUGUGUGAUGACUGUAUAGUCCUGCGCAGCAACAUCGGCACAGUGUAUGAGCGCUGGUGGUACGAGAAGCUCAUCAACAUGACCUACUGCCCCAAGACCAAGGUCCUGUGUCUGUGGAGACGCAAUGGCCAGGAGACCCAACUCAACAAGUUCUACACCAAGAAGUGUCGCGAAUUGUAUUACUGUGUGAAGGACAGCAUGGAAAGAGCUGCUGCCCGACAGCAGAGCAUUAAACCAGGUCCAGAGCUGGGUGGAGAGUUCCCUGUGCAGGACAUGAAGACUGGCGAGGGAGGACUGCUGCAAGUCACCCUGGAAGGCAUCAACCUCAAAUUCAUGCACAGCCAGGAGCGGAAGGUUUUCAUAGAGCUGAAUCACAUUAAAAAGUGCAAUACUGUGAAGGGAGUCUUUGUCCUGGAGGAAUUUGUUCCUGAAACUAAGGAAGUGGUGAUCCACAAGUACAAGACACCCAUGGCACACCAGAUCUGUUACUCCGUCCUCUGCCUUUUCUCCUACGUGGCUGCGGUGAAGGGGAAGGAAGCAGAAGGCAAGCCCAAGAUUUUAUCUCCAAGACCCCUGGCCAGCUAGUCUACAACCCCCUCCAACCCCCCGUGCCUCUCACUCUGCAACAAAGUGGAAUCUCGGCCCUACUAUGACAUUGAGUUCUCACAAUCCUUGAUCCUACACACCUCUUUACUCCUCUUUGCACCCUGUAAGUACAUCUCCAAGAAAUACCCUUUACUCUUUGCGCCUUGCCAUGUAAGUAAAAUUCCUAUGGUGUGUAUGUACAUGUGAUCCCUGGUCUGUGGCAUCGUGUGUACACCCUUCCCAACCAUGGUCACGUCCACAAGGCUCCUCCCAUACAGGCCCAGCCUGAUGUCUUGGCCGUAAGCUUGCUUGAUCUUCAAGGCGACAGUUCGUUCCCCUUCUCUUUCUUCUCUCAUCCUGGCCUGCUGCCAAGGUCUUAUUGGUUGUUUUUAAUGGGAUGGAGACAGCAAGAGGGAUUGAUGCGAGCCACAGCUCUACAAGUCGAUAAGAAAGCAACCAACCGCCCCAUCCACUCUCUGCGACUGUGUGAUGAAUAUUCUAUGUGGUACUACUGUAAAACUCCAGUCUGUCCAAACCGGUGAAACGUUUAAAAAGUACUCUAGUACUGACGGUUGUCACUUUGUUAAUAAAUGCUACUUCUGCAUGGUGCAUCAAACACUGCACAUAAAAGCUUGUUUCAUUCCUUUUGAUCCCAAAAUAUCUUGUGUGGUCCAAGAUGUGUGCAUCUAUUUAGCUUGCCCAGUGUUGCGAAACUACUGUAGUAGUUCUGUCAAAUGUCUUGUCUGUGGUCCUCUGUAUUGAAUGUUACUAUGGAGAGAAGAAAUGCUGUACAUUUCAACAUAAGAUGUUUUGCAAAGUGUGGUUUAUUCACUAGAUGUGCAAUACUUUACGUAGUUAGCCAGAGCCAGAUCAUUGUUCUGUUUUUUUAUUUUUUAUCUUUUAUCUUGGCAAUUCUGGCUUACAGAGCAAAGAUUGUAAAAAACUUCAUUGUCGUACAUAUUUAUUGAAGUAAAUAAAUAUGACCUAUUGUUUAUACUUGCGAAAUCACUAUUUGGAGAUUCUAGAGAUGUGUACACCUACUGCUGUUAUGGUUUUGUCUGUUGGGAGAGGUGUGUUAAGUCUUCUUGUUGUGUAUGUUGUAGUAAGAUGAAUCCAAUCUAGCCCCAUUUCAGCCCAAUUGUAAGUGGUGUGUGUGUGAGUGUAUACAUGCAUUGUAUUGUUUUGCCAGAUAAGCAAUAUAUGAAUAAUACAGCUAUAUGAUCAGGAUAUUGUUUUUAAUGUUUACGUGGCUUUUAUUUUUUAGAGAUGAAAUGCGUGUGUAAGGAACAUAAUGUUACAACUUCCAUGAGGUAAUUAUUUAAGGUAUUUCAUUCUUGACAAUAAAAACACUGGUGUAAAUAUGAGAGUAACUGGAUGAGGAGUGUCUCAAAACAGUUUGAAGACUGUAACCGAACAUAAGGUAUUGUUUGUUAGACUAGUUACAUAUGAGAACAUUACAAAACGGGAGUAUUUGAAACCAACCAACCCAAUUAUUGUGCUAGCUAGCCUACUGCUGUUGAGAAAUUGUUGUAAAUAUGUGUUGGAAAAAAGUAUUUAUAGAACAUGUACAGCUUUGGCAAUGUCAAAAUAAAAGUUGUCAAACAAAGCCCUCCA